AUGGUGUCGUUUUCCUGCGAGUCCUGCGGUGAUGUUUUGACCAAGAAGAAACUUGACCAACAUCGAAACCGUUGUCACGGCGCGACUUAUACCUGCAUCGAUUGUAUGGUAUACUUUCCCGGCACCACCUAUCGCUCCCAUACCAGUUGUAUUAGCGAAGAGCAGAAAUACCAAGGUGCCCUCUACAAAAACAAGAAGACCAAGACUGCACCCCCUCCCCCUCCCGCGGCCGAGCCUGUCGAGUUCACCGAAGCCCACAACCAGCCCAACAUGAGCCACAAGCCGUAUGUCGAAGACGUUCCAGACGAUGUGUCCGAGGAUUACGGCGACUACGAAGACAACAGCGACGACGACCAUAAGUCUCCGGUCGAGCUCCUACCCGAGGCCCCCACUCCACCCCCAGUGCCCGAGGUUGUGAACGUCUUCGACUUUCUCGUCGCCAGCAACACUCCUAAUGCGUCCACGGUAAACCUUGCCCAUGCCGGGGCUUACAACGAGGAAACCCAACUAGUGCGGUACGACUACGACGCCAAUGGCUACGGCGAUGGUAAUGCAUGCACGUUCGAGGGCGACGAGCUCAUCCAGUACGGCACAGGCCCAGUACCCACUUCCUAUCAGACACCCGCUCCGAAGGUCUCACGAAAGAAGAGCAAGGAGGGGACCGAUGUUAAGACCGACAAGAAACGCAAGCGAUUGCAUAUCGAGACCGAUCAGGUAAUGACCGAUGCACCACCUGUUCUCCACUCCGACCUCACAGGUGGCAUGAACCGACUCAUGAGGCCGGUUUUCCCCCCAUCACCGGAUUACUCGGGUGGCGACGCUGGCCCGCUCAGCCCGAUCAAGAAGUCGAAGCACUCGAAGCAUUCCAAAGGAAGCCGCCAGGAUAACGCCUCCAUUGGCAAUAAUCUGCUUGCUUUGAUGGCUACAGGACCUAAGACGAAGACGAAGAAGAAGAAGGCGUCCAAAAAGACUCGCGCACGCACGGAAAAGGCCGCCAAGCUGCUUGAGUACCGGCCGAACUCUCGCGACAGCAAGGGAGAGGCGGGAAAUGAAGGCCAGAUGGUGGUUUUCAAGCCUCGCGCCGAGCUGUUCCUCAGCUUCAUCACCAAGGGACCCGAGAGCGAGCGUGGUUGCAGCGUCAACAAGGUGCUGAAGCGUUACCACCGGGAGAGGGCCAGCACGGGCGAGAGCCUGCCGAAACCUGCAGUGGAGAAGGAACUCUGGCGAUGCCUCCGGAUGCGACGAAAUGAGAGGGGUGAGAUUGUACUCUUCGCCAUCGAGUGA